AAGCGCCACCGAGGAGAACAUCGACGAAUCAUAAGCCAGUGUCUCGAAGGGUUGUGGCGCUGCGCUCCACAAGCUGAGAAGGAGUUUUGAGGGUAGUAACGCAUUCGACACACUGGCCUCGUAUAUCUGAUAUAACCCACAUAUUAACAAACAUACAACGAACAAAUACCACUCACUUUGUAAAUGUUAACUUUUGAAAAUUUAGAAGAACUCGAGAUUUUAAAUCGUCACCGUGUUAUUUUAUAUAUAAGUUGUGAUGCUACGCAAAUAUCGAGCCGAGACCAGAAAGUGAUUAACGUGAAACUUACUUCUUGAGUAAACUUAAACUUGCUACGUAUCAUACAUGUAUACGAUCAUUAUCUCCGAGUGCGAUAAUAACGUGCGUGAAUCAUGUGUACGACAUCGUCUCUAAGCCUUAUUUAUUGUUACGAACGAAUGAUUUAAUUUACAACUGACCGAUCUCAGCCUCGAAGAAUGGGUCAGUCAUGGCUGUAAAAAUCAAACGAAUUCGAUUUUAAGAAUAUGUUUCGCGAUGUCGCGUCGAAAUUGAACAACGUAAAAAGAAUAUGCAUCGAAGACCCAAUUGCGUGAAUGUGCAAUGCAUCGGCAGUAAAUAAUAUGGCGCGCCCUCAUCUGCAGUCAAUGACGUCAAAGUUAGAAAACGGAAGGGAUGUCAACGAUUCGAUCUAAGAGGAGUCGAGCAAAAUCCGCAAGUCAAGGUGAAUAAAAAUUUUCUGGGAACGAUCAUUCUUUGAACUUAAAUCGAAAGAAAAACAUAUUACUCGUCGUUAAUUAAAAAGAAAAAAUGUGUAUUGUUCGGUACAAUUUAAUGUACACGAAUGGGCAAAUGUCACGCAACUGAAAUGUCCAAGAUGAACCGUCGAGCUGGUUGCUUCAUUGUUCAAAAGCCGCACUGCGUCUGAUGAAAUCGAUCAGCGGACAAUUCCGGGAAAUUUGAAUUUUCGAUCGAUGAGAAGGCUCAAAUCUCGUUACGAGGCACGCAAGGAGGAAAGACGAGAGCGAAGGUAGGAAAAAUGACGUCGAUGAAGGAACGUAAAUCAAAGUUAACGUGCCGUCGAUGCGAGAAACCGAUCAGGCGGUAAGAACUUCAGCCGUGGCAGUUGUUUUACGACUUGCGGAUCGAGAGAACACGGCCGAGAGAUAAGGAGAACGAGAUACGUUACGAACUAAAUGACAACGUUCUCAUUCGAGAAAUAGAGACGUCGAAGACGCGAAAAGCAGCAGGUUAAUGCUAAGUGGGGAGAUAUAUUAAAAUGGGUCAAGAGUGUACAAUGACAGUGUACGUUAUUCGACUUCGUGAGGAGAUUCUCCUCCUGCGAGUUCGUUGAGACCACGCUGUAUUAAUCACAUCAGUCGCCGUUUCUUGCAAUGUCAUUAACAACAACAAUAACAACAACAACGAAUACUCUUCAAACUGAAUCCCGCGACGAGUUUGAUAAUUUGAAUUUACUUAAUUUCUGAAUUAGAAUUAAUGUAUCAUCGUGUUGAUUAACGAGUAACCAAUAAUGACAUAUCACGUGUAAGCUGCGCGACUAUACUGUACCUACGUUCCUCUCGCAUUGUUAUAGAAACUUUAAGUCGCGCGAUGCGAUACGUUACGUGCAACGACCGUAAACAUAGUCACGUUGUGUGUAAACACUGUUGGUAAGGGAGGAAGAGGAUAGUUUUUGAGUGAAGAGUUCAGAGAAGAUUAUUUUCAUGGUGUACGGAUCGCGCAAGAUCGCGGAGUCUCUAACCACUACGGGGACGACUUGGCUGUACAACAUCACUACCCAGGGGGAGAUGAGCAGCAGCGGUGGGUUAGGAUUCGGCGUCGGUGUCGGUGUCGGCGUCGCCGGCGGUCCAACCCUCGCGGCCGCUCAACAAGGCCAGGGGGUGGCCGCUCUUCUGGUGAUGCUCGCCGUUCUCUGCUUCAUAUUCGCUUAUUGCUGUUGGGGCGCGCCGUUCUGCCGGUCGCUGUGCCGACGACAUUGUUGUUGCCGGCUCGAGGAUCCAGAGCCGGAUUCACGAUUCAGCAACAACGAUCAAACGAUGGUAGCAACGCCGACGAUUAUUCUUUUACCGCACGGGAGGAUGCUCGUUGUCGAUGGUACGAUCUUUACGCAGUUCCAAACCGAUCCAACUGGUUUAGAUUUGGUGGAGCUAGGCGACAGCGUGCUGCGCGCUCAAAGAAACCCCCGAGGGAUAAUCCGACAUCAGCUGCAGAACAGUCAGGGUAGUAUACUCGAGAUGGACGCAGAAACACCAAGCAAAGAUAGUUUGGGAUCCAUUGGAUGCUUCCCGCCACCGACUUACGAGAGUAUCUACGGCAAGGAAGAGUCGGACAUGCCCCCGUCGUACUCCGACAUCUUACUACACAGGUUUGCCAACCUUCCACACGAGAUAGAUAUGCAUGGUUAUUGCCACGAUGGCAAAGAAGAGAUCGAGAUGCAGAGUCUGGACGGUUGCCCUCACAUUUUGGGCAAUCCGAUGAAUACAAUAGCGUACCCUUACGCGACCGUGACGAAUUUCUCGAGUCAAAGCUUCCCACGUAGGAACGUCUCGAGGAAUCCGUCGAUCAUCAGCAAUCCACUCGACAGUUACUACGUGGACAACGAGUUAGAGUUGUACCGAUUGAGCCAGGAGAUGGUGCCGCGGGUAUUCAGCAACGCGAACUUCGACACACUUAGAACUUAUCAGGAUGAAACGUCGUUUUACAGUGUUAAUGGAAACGAGAACGAACAUUCUCGCCCGCAGAACGACACGCUAUCGAACAAUGGCAAUUACUGCCUGUCUGACAACAGUAUCCGAAACAACGAAAGAAUAAUCCCAAGUAAUGCCGACGAAGUAUCGAGGAACAUAACGUCGGCGAACGAGUUGAUGAACACGCGAAAUCUCGUUCGUAGCAUGUCGAGAACUAGUCAAGAAAGUAGAAAUAACAUAGAGAAUUCGCAGAGAGAUACUCAGGAGAACGGGGUGGUUUUCGUUCGGAUAUCUCGUUCCGAGGAUUGCAACAAUACUCCACAAAAUUGGUACAGCAACGUUAGUGACAACGACAGAUCAAGAGUACAAGCAAACCAGGAGGAUCAAUCUAGUCUGAGAAACGUACGUUCCGAAAAUGACCAGACGGAUGAACCUAAUCAGAAUGUGGAAUCUAACUCGAUAGGAUAUUACAUUAGGAACCAAAGCACUGACGAGGCUAUCAAUAGGUCGCACAGAUUAGAAAACGAGGCCGUUUAUUCUGACGAGGAGACCAGGAAUUUUGGAGCAUUAGCAGACAUUCGUGAGAGUCGUGUUUAACGUGAGACACAACACUGAAUUUAUAACAAUCAAUAGAAAGCUCUUUGACCAAACGUUGUUAGAGUCUGUAAAAAAAACAUACAAUAAAAAUGAAGGCAUAAUCUAUUAAAAAAACGAAUUGUUUUCAUAGAAGUUAAUUGUAAUACUUUGAUUUGUUGACUGUAAACUAUCAAGUCGCGAAUUAAAAUUUAACAGAUCAGUACAAUCGAAAUUAAUAUUAUUUAAUUUAACCGGGAUUCGAUAUCUUUUAAAUCAAUUCUAAACCUCUGUGGGUUUUAAAUUUGUUUGAACACAAUGCAAAAAGAAAUAACUGUAAUGUUUACGAAAGCCUAAAAUAUGUGUACAAACAAUUUAACUGACCUAAGAGAUUACUAAAUCUUCAAAGUUCUAAAAAUAAUUUUAUAUACAGAAAGAUACAAUCAAUUUAAUUGUGGCACAAUAAUGGAAGAGAAACGAUGAGAUAAAGUUAGUUCAGUCCGUCCAAGGGUUAAUCUACACACUAGAUUCAGUAAAUAUUAAGGAAUGCCCGCCGUAAAUGAAUUUAAAUAUUUUUUACGUGUUAUUAGUAAUCUAUCCUACAGACUAUUUAUUACAUAUUUGCUUUUUAUAUUACUUUAAUAUAAAACGUAAUAUAAUUCGACGAUUUCUGAUAUCCAGACUUAGAUGCAAGAAGUUUAUAAUUUAUAUUUGUACAUGUCACGAGAAAACAAUGAACAUAAAGUAUGUAAAAGUAAUAUGUGUAUAGAAUAACUGUUGGACACAUCAAGUCCUAUGUACAGAUUAUGUGUAAAUGUAACUCCUAGAUUAAGUUUAAACAUGUUA